CCUUAGGCGCAAGCCAACGUCAUCAAACAGAGACGCCUUGUGUUGGCUGAGUUGUGAAGGAACGUUUGGCAAAGUAGGUUCUUGCCGGCUGACAGAAUACCCCAAGGCGGACGAUGAACUGCAAAGUGCGGUGUAGAACCGUGAUCUAAAAACAGUAUGAACAUUGGACGGAAUGGGGCCUGCUAAACUCAGGAGGAGAAUCAGUUAUGUGCCUUGUGCUCUCUGAAGAUGAGGAUACCAAAGCUAGCCAGUGCUUUCAUUUUCGUGGGCUGUGUAGUAGCCUACCUCACAUACGUAAAGUGGCAUUUUGAUGGUAUUAAGCCAGCACUUCACAAAGCGCUAAACUAUGUCCCCAUCACAGACUAUGGUGAUAGCAAUGAACCAGCCCGCGAAGAGGCAGACAGCAGACACUUUCAGUAUGGCAUCAUGUUUGAUGCAGGGAGUACAGGGACAAGGAUUCAUGUCUUCAAGUUUCUAUUAAAGGAACACGAAGCUCCCAAAUUAGCACAUGAAACAUUCAGAGCAAUAAAACCUGGGCUAUCUGCAUAUGCUGAUGAUCCAGAUAAGUGUAGAGAGGGUAUACAAGAAUUGUUGAUGGUGGCCAAAGAGAGCAUCCCAGUGCUCUUAUGGGAGAAGACACCUUUAGUGCUAAAGGCCACUGCAGGGCUACGCCUACUGCCUGGAGAAAAGGCUACUCACCUGCUGGACAAGGUGAGGAAUGUCUUUGAAGAGUCUCCAUUUCUGUCCAGACCAGACGGUGUCUCCAUAAUGGAUGGCACUGAUGAAGGUGUUUCUGCAUGGAUCACUGUCAACUUUUUAAUAGGGAGUCUCCAUGGCUCAGGACAGCCCACUGUAGGCAUGCUGGACCUGGGAGGGGGCUCCACCCAGAUCACCUUCUCAACACAGGAUGAGAAAACCAUUCAGACCUCUCCUUUUGAUGACAUCACUUCAUUUCAGAUGUUCAACAGCACCCAUACGCUCUAUGCACACAGCUACUUAGGGCUGGGACUCAUGUCAGCAAGACUUGCCAUCCUGGGCGGAAUUGAAGGAGAGGCUUAUGGCAACCAAGAGCUGGUUAGUCCAUGUCUGUCUCCUCAAUUUACUGGCCAGUGGGAACAUGCUGAAGUACAAUACAUAGUCAAAGGACAGAAAGCAGGUGAACCCAUGUAUGAGUCCUGCUAUAAGAAGGUGGAGAAGGUGUUGUACAACAAAAUUAAAAAAGCAGAAGAGGUCAAAAAUAUGGAUUUCUAUGCCUUUUCCUACUAUUACGAUAGAGCAGUCGACAUUUCAGCAAUUGAUGAAGAGACAGGUGGCACGAUAGAAGUAAAUAACUAUAUAGAUUCUGCCAAAAGAGUAUGCAGUAAUAUGGAAAUCACUCCAGGAGAACAUCCUUUUCUCUGCUUGGACCUCACCUAUUUAUCACUCCUGCUGCAAGAGCUGGGUUUCCCAAAGGAGAAAGUGUUAAAGCUGGCGAGGAAGAUAAAUGGUGCAGAGACCAGCUGGGCACUGGGAGCCACUUUCCAUUACCUCGAGUCCUUGCGUAGGCAAUAAAGCAGCUGACAUUGUCAACGCUAACGAGUCGAUGACUCGUCUUCCUCGGUCCCAGUGCUUGUUGAACUGACUUGGGAGUCUUCACAGCAGCUGUUGGCUUUGUUGUUAACUUUGUUGGAAUGCUAAAGUGAGGUCUUUCUCCAUAGAGGAAUUUCCUUUCUUUGGGCAUUGUUAAAUUCUUUGAAAGUCUGAAUGUGUGCUGUGCUUUGUAUGACUGAUGUAUUUUUCUAAUACAGCAAAUAUUGUUUGAAUAAGCAUGAUUACAUAGAUUUCACUUGUGAUUAGUUGAAGGUACGAUAUAGGUUAUUAUUAUUAUUAUUAUUAUUAUUUUUUUUUUUAGUCCAGGGGUGUGGUCUGGUUUCUACAAGUUGAUACUUUGAAUACAGUAUUGGAAAUAAGACAUUGUCAUAUUAUGGAUUCCAAAGGACGUAGUCCGCUGUACCUUUUUUCUAGAUACAGCUGGUGCAUAUUCUUUCUUUACGUUCUCCUAGGAUCCUGGUGUCUUUAUUCAUGAUCUGUUUUAAUGCUAUACCGACAUAUUGGACUGUGAUGCAAGACAGGAAUACCCUGCAGCCAUUGUUCUGUCUUUCUGGCCAAAAUUCAUUAUGUUGCUGCUCCUGAAGGAACAGAGAAAACACUGCAGUAUAACAUACUUAUCUAGAGCAGACAUCCCACCUUAGACAUUGAUUUCAGGGAGGUGGAUGUAAGAAAACCAGCUGGGAGUUGACUGGGGGUGGCAGCAACAUUUGCAGAGUUUCUUGCCUGUUCCUCUGUUGAAUAGCAGACUGACUUUUGAUCAUUUAUAAUUCUUUGUGGACAAAUUUCUGGGACAUUGCACAUCAUUAGCCCGUGUGAGGGAGCUGCUGUCAAUUUCUUGGAGACUCUGGAGAGGUGGAAUGCCUGCUGAAGGGUGAAUGGUGUUGGCAUUAUAUUGUGACCUGUGAAUCACAGAGAAUGUGUCAUAUUUUGUGUGAACUAGGGAUGGUUAUUUGGCUCAACUUGAACAAAUAGCUCUUUGGUCAGUAGUACCCAAUUUCCAUUUAAAUAGAAUACUCCAUAUUUAUCUGCAAUAUUGUUGUUUUAAAAACUCAUGUAAACAGAUUUUGUGCAUUCAAAUAAAUUGAACACUAAAUGCA